UCAUCGGAUCGGAAAUCAGGUACACAUCUUCUGUGAUCGCCGUAGUAAGAAAUUCUAUCUAUGGUCGCUUGCUCACGGAGUUCAGAUUGAAGCGGUAACAUGACUGCCUUGGAGUGGCGCUGCCAAAGAGCUGCUCCAUCGUGCCCAUGCCUCGAAAGAUACCGAGCUCCAUGAACUUAUCUGCUGGUGCGGCUGCUGCUGCUACGCAGGGUCAUGGGUUCCGCAGGCAGGACAUCCGGGCGGCACUGGCGAAGGCAGCGGAGCUGAGGGCGCUCCACGCGGCGCUGCUCCAGGGGGGGAACGGCGGCAGCCCAGCGGUGGCGAGGUUGCCUGCCGGUGUUUCCCGCCCUGCGAACCGGUUCUCUGUAUUUGAAGAUUACCCUGUCUUCACGCCGGUUGCUCCAGACGCUGUGAUUCUGACGUGCUCGAGUAGACGAACAGGUUCAUGGGCAAACACAAUAGUCACGUCAUACGAGACAUGCAGGGAGGAAACCGUUGACUUGGAUGUGGCCGGUGGGCAAAAGGACCUGAGCGACAACGUCAAGAGCACUCGGGCACUGCCCACUCCACAGCAAUCCGUAAAGAUGCCCGUAAAACACGGAGGGUCAAUCCUUUCAUGGGUUUUGUCUAAAUCAACAAGGAAGUGCAAGCCCGAAACGCCGCCAAAGACGAUGGCGUCCGACGACAUGUCCCAACUUUUGAAGGAAUGGGGGGUUUCUUCACUUGAAUCACUGGAGGAGGAGCUCCUCCACGCCAAGGAGAAUAGGGAUGCUGCCCUGGCAGAAGUUUCAGAGAUGAAGUCCUUACUGGCAGAGCUGCAGCAGAAGCUACACAGUUUGGAAGCUUACUGUGAAGAGUUGAAGAAAGCUUUAAAGCAGGCUGUGCAUGGAAAGAGUCCCCAGGUUCUAUACAAGUUUAAGCUGUCCAAGAGAGUGAAAUCCAUCAGAGGCAGCCGAGACGAUUUGAUGCCCGUCAGCCAAGAGGUACUGGUGGAGGGUUUCUUGCAGAUAGUCUCAGAGUGCAGGCUCUCUGUCACGCACUUCUGUGAGACACUCAUCCACCAAACCAGGGAAACUGAUGACGAUCUGUCAGGGAGGCUAAAUUUGCUUCUCCAACCACAUCAGAUGACAUUAACUAGUAGUAACUCCUCCAAAGUAGCACUCUGCCAUUUGGAAGCCAUCGUGAACCAAUCUCUGUAUCAGGAUUUCGAGAACUGUGUGUUCCAAAAGAAUGGAUCGCCAAAGUUUCUAGAUCCCCGGCGUGAGCGCCAGGAGAACUUCUCGUCUUUUGUUGCACUCCGGAACUUGGGCUGGAAUGAGGUUUUGCACAAGGGAACGAAGCACUACAGUGACGAUUUCAGCAGGUUUUGUGAUCGAAAAUUUAGUAGCGUUGCUGCGGUGCUGAAUUGGUCAACACCAUGGCCUGAGCAUCUUCUCCGAUGCUUCUUGAUAGGUGCCAAAUGCAUUUGGUUGCUCCAUCUGCUGGCGUUUUCCUUCGAACCAUCGUUGAUGAUUUUGCGGGUCGAGGGAAACAGGGAUUUCGACCCCAUUCAUAUGGAGGAGAUUCCAUUGGACGGUCACAGAGCACAAGCCCCUGCUCGAGUUAGGACCAUGGUGAUGCCUGGAUUCUUUGUUCGCGACCGGGUGCUGAGGUGCAGAGUUCUCUGCAGGUAUGGUUCUGAAUCAUAAACACUCGAUAAUAGCACCAUGUUUGUGCUUCCUUGAGUGAUCAAAAUCAAUCGAUGUUUCAUCAUAUGUUGCAUGCUUCUCCUUC